AUGGUCAAGAAGAAACUUUUCAUCGCAAGGAAUACAUCAAAAAUUUUAAAAUCUUAUAAAAGAUAUAAAAAUCUGAAGUCCAUAGUACCUUUUUACUUUUGGUCGCUGAGUCGAAAUUUACAUCGUUCUAAAUCCAUCAAGCUAGAUAAUUUAAAAAAUACACAAAGGUCUCGUCGAAUUAGACCGUCUCCAUCGUCCUUGUCGUCGUCACCGACGCCUCGAAGAAUAAUUGCAAUAGGCGACUUACAUGGAGACUAUGAACAAACAAUUAGGGUCUUGAGCUUGGCUAAUAUUAUUGAUGAUAAGAUAAAUUGGAGUAACGGAAAUGGAAUCUUAGUUCAAACGGGGGACAUAGUGGAUCGAGGUCCUGAUUGUUUAAAAAUUUAUAAAUUGUUUGAAAGGUUACAAAAAGAGGCUAAAGUAGCAGGAGGAAUGGUGAUUAAUCUUUUCGGUAAUCAUGAACUCAUGAAUCUGGAGCUAGAUUGGGAUCACGUAACAGAUGAAGAUAUCGAAUCUUUUGGAUCAAAAAAGAAUCGGAUUAUCGAAUUCUCUUCCGACGGGUUUAUUGGAAAGUUCUUCGGAACAUCUUUCCAAGUUGCCGCAAUUGUUGAAGAUACAUUAUUUGUUCAUGGAGGUAUUAACCUAAAGUGGGCAAAUGAAGGUAUUGAAAGAAUGAAUAAAAUUGGCGCGAACUUAGUUAAGAAAUAUACAGAAUUUUUAUGUGAUCCUGAGAUGCAAGAAACAGGCACUUUUACCAAGAAAGAUUUUAUGACGACCGAUGAGGAAGAUCUUCUUGAAGGUGAUGGACCAUUUUGGCACAGAGAUUACGCUUUGCAAACUAAGAAGAACGAAGAGGAAUUGGAUAAAGUCUUGGAAGUACUAAAGGUUUGUUUUGUUUAA